AUGCGGCGUCGCGGCGGGGACAGCGACAGCGGCGACAGAAGCGGCGACAUUGGCCAGGGGAAGGGCAGGCCCGGCGCGACCCGGCAGGGACGGGCCCAUCGCUCCUGGCUCCCAGGGCUGCGCACCCUGCUCCUGGCCCCGCUCCUCACCUACGCCUCCGUGCCCUUCCUCGUCCGCCUCUUCCCCAGCGUGCUCACCAAAUUUGUCUACCUGAACUUCCUGGCCUUCCCUUUCUUCGUGGACUUUCGGCGGCCAGAGCUGCUGGUGAACAACACCAUCAGCCUGUACCUCACCACCGAGCCGGGUGUCACAGUUGGCAUCUGGCACACGGUGCCGGGCAGCAGAGGGGCCGAGGCGCAGGGCAAGGACCAGAGCUGGUACGAGGAGGCUCUUGCUGAUGCUCACCCUGUGAUCAUCUACCUGCACGGCAAUGGGGGCACCAGGGCCGCGAGUCACCGCGUCCAGUUCUUGAAGACAAUGGGGGCUGCUGACUUCCACAUCCUGGCUCUCGACUACAGAGGCUAUGGCGACUCCACUGGACACCCCUCAGAGAGUGGCUUCACCACAGAUGUCCUGGCACUCUAUGACUGGGUGAAAGCACGGAGUGGGAACAGCAGUAUCCUCUUCUGGGGACAUUCCUUAGGGACAGGGGUUGCCACCAACGCAGCGAGGAAGCUGCAGGAGGAGCGAGGGGUCCAGGUUGAUGCCGUGGUGCUGGAGUCUCCCUACACCAGCAUCCGAGAGGCGGCUGCCAACAUCCCCAUCACCAAGAUCUACCGGCAGUUCCCAGGUUUUGAGUACCUCAUCCUGGACUCCAUGGCUCGGGCAGGAAUGUUCUUCCGCAGUGAUGAGAAUGUGAAGGUGCUGGACUGUCCCCUCCUCAUCCUGCAUGCAGAAGAUGAUGGAGUCCUCCCUCCAGAGCUGGGACGCAAGCUCUACGAGACAGCACACAAAGCCUACAGGGACAAAUCCAAAGUGAAGUUCAUUACCUUUCCUGAAAAGCUGGGCUUGGGCCACGACUAUAUCUCCUUCAACCCAGAGCUGCCUGCACUGGUGAAGUAA